AUGCGAGAGCAUAAGUUGCUCGCGAACCUCAAGAAGUGUAUCUUCGCAGCGAACGAAAUACCACUUCUUGGCUGCAUCGUGGGUAAAAAUGGCGUACGCCCUGACCCAGAAAAGAUCAAGGCGAUUAGCAACUGGCCUUUUCCAGUCGACGGCAAGGGACUUCGGAAGUUCCUUGGCUUGUCAGCGUACUUGCACAAGUACUCGCACAACUUUGCUUAG